GAGGGGCGCGGUACAACAGGGUGGAGUUCACAGCUACUAGUCUGGGAACUCUCACCAUAUGUGCGCUUUGGCACAUUUCUGCACCCGUUGCUGCAGAGCAUCUGCUCCCCGGGCACCCCUCUGGUUAGGACCACUCGGUUGAUCCAGCCUCUCUCCAGGUCAGGGAUACGAGUUUGGGAAGAUGAUGGUACCGGAUCCGCUGCGAUCGACCACGGACAUUGGGGGCGGAGAGGACACGUCGCUCGCAUUACCGUCCGACAAGAGCUUGAGCUCCGGACACCAGCGCGUCCUCAGCCAGGUCCACAGCAUAAAGAGGAGCAAGUCCAAAUACAAGAACGGCACCAUAGGCACUACACAACAGUCUUCCAAAUCCUAUAAUGAGUUUGGAACCAGCAAGUUUAGUGCAAAGAGCACCUACAAGCGCACCAAUUCUGCCCCAUCAGGGGGCUUCAACAAAGGGACGGUCCGAAGUCUGACUACUAAAAAUACCAGAGGACGAUAUGUCAGCACCAAAGCUGAAAAGCAAAUCAUGACCACCACCUUGACACAGAACCUAAACGGGCUGCAACUUAGUCGCAGUGACCCUGCUUUGGAUGAUGUCCCUCACAAGGUUCCAGCUGUUAGCAUGAAAAUCAAAGGGCAGCCUAUUCAAAGCCAAAACAGUCUUCUAGGUGGUAGAGAAUCUCGUUCGGUGAUUAAUAGGAGUUUCACUGAGAACCACACACACACUUUUCCGAUGUCUUCUGGACACUCUCUGACUGAUGGCAAGUCUGGCUCCUUAAAGAUUACCAAAUUGGAGCAGAGAUCUUUGGUGAACUCUGCAACAAAUGUCUCAGCUCUAACCCUAAAGGAGGCAGUGGAGUACUUGAAAGAGCCUGAUGAGAACUUAAAUCACCGUGGGGCCAGCUUCAUACAACACACCUGCUAUAAUGAGGAGUCGGCCAAAUCUGAGGUCCUCAGUCUUGGUGGAAUUCCACCCCUGGUCAACAUGCUGGAAAGCUCUAAUCCAGACGUAGCCCAGGUUGCUUCUGGAGCUCUGAGGAAUCUUGUCUUCAAGAAUCUGGAAAAUAAAAUUUCAGUUCAGAAAUAUGGUGGUAUAGCUAAGGUCCUGAACCUGCUAAAGAGGACAGAGUCUACGGAGACCAAGAGACAGGUCACAGGCCUGCUCUGGAACCUGUCUUCUGCUGAUGAACUGAAGGGAGAACUAAUGAGAACAGCACUUCCUUCUCUGACUAAAAAUGUGGUGGUGCCAUUUGUCAACUUAUCAGAUAGUGCUGACUGCCCAAAUAUAGAUCCAAGUGUCUUCCUUGGUGCCACUGGCUGCCUGAGGAACCUGAGCAGUGGAAAAGAGAAGGACAGGAAAACAAUGAGAGACACCAAGAACCUCAUUGACUCUCUAAUGAAACAUGUUUUGUCUUGCGUGGCAGAAGAUAGCCCAGAUGAAAAGUCAGUGGAAAACUGUAUGUGCACCCUACAUAACUUGAGCUAUCAAGUUUGGACAGAGUGUCCAGAGAUUUCCGAGAAAUUCAUGGAAUCAAGAGGGGCCCAGUCUGAGAGGGAGACAAAUCCCAAUGCUGGAUGCUUCAGCCCCAGAAGCAGAAAAGCUCAAAACACGUUGUUUUCGGACUCACCACAAAUAAACAGCAAACCUUCGGGGGCCGAAUGGUUGAUUGAUUCUAAAGCCGUGGAUGGCUAUCUGUCUCUGCUAAGAACAUCCAAGAAUGAUGCCACUUUGGUGGCCUGCUGUGGAGCCUUGCAAAACCUCACUGCAAGCAAAGAGGAGGGGUCUGCAGCUCUGAGUGAGAUUUUGUAUAAAAAGCUUGGGUCUGAGUUACUCCUACCCUUUCUGUUUCAGUCCCCUAACAAAGCUCUUAGGAAGACCUCUUUCUCUCUUUUGGAUAACUUGUCUCGCAAACCCAAUUUGCAAUCCAAGAUGGGUAAGAAGCAUCUUUUUCAACAAGGAUCAUUUCCUGCAUUAAAUUUGAAGUUCAGGAAGCAGUGGAGUUGGGCAUUCUCCUUUGUAGCAAAGGAAACUUUGCCUGACCUUAUAAAGCUGUUCCGCAGUCCUGAUUGGAGAGAGGAAACUCAACCUGAAAUUGUUGCAACUGUUGCUUCCAUAAUCAAUAGACUGUUGCUGGUAGAAAGUGAGGUCAGCAAGAAAGUUAUUGCUAAGGAUCUAGUUUUUGUGCUGAUAGACAUGAGUGAAAAAGGGCCUGACAACGAAGCCACGACUGCAGCCUCAAAGCUGCUAUACAACUUGUGGUCUGAUAAGUUUUUGCAAACCUUCACAAAAAAGCUGAAGAUAGACAAAGCACGCUUCGUAAACUUCAGAACUAUAACAGCCAUCAAGGGCUCCAGUUAUGAUGUAAUUGAAUCACAGCAGGAUAAAUAAAGGAAGGAAACCGGCCUGAUUAGAGGCUUCCACAGCCACACCCUUCAAGUCUUCACCUUCUGAAUGCUUUGCCUUGUUGGAGGAACCUCUCAGUUAUCUUCUUCAGACAUUGUGUAUAUAGAGUUAAAAGAUUUUUACCUUGUCUUUGUGAAUAAUCAGAAAAGGCUUGUAGUUUAAUUAGAAAAUGUUAGUGUUUUGUAGGUUAGGUAUGACAGUGUGUGUGCACAAGUACUAAAAUCAAAUUCAAACAGCCUUCAACACACAUCCUUACCUCCAUGGAUUGUUGUUACAUUGAUUCCUAAAACUCUAAGUAUGUCAUCACUAUAAAAUGUGGUUACUGGCGGCUAGAGCAUAAUUAUCUAGUGUGGUGUUAAGAUUUAAGAAGUCUAGCCAAAAAAAAAAAAAAAGAAACAUGGAAAAAAAAGAUAACAAAGGUGUUUUGUUAUACGUAUGUAGUUGUGAAAUUGUUGCUUGCUGGCGAAAUAUGGGCUGUUCUUUCUACGUCGUCAAACAAAAUAAUACAAAAAAAAAAGACUUUGUCCUUUUUUCAGUAACUAUUCACACAGUUCACAUAUUUUUAUAAAUGAAAAAUCUAACAAUAUCAAUUCAGAUUUAAUUAAUGCACUUGCAGAAACUGCCCAUCUACAAAUAUGUCUGUCUGUCUGUAAGGGGUCCAUCUUCUGAAUGUAAUUAUGGAUCUUGCUAAUCAUUUUGCUUCUUUGCCAAUUAUAACAAUAAUAGUUUUGUACCUUACGUGAAGUUUUCACCCUUUUAUCUUUUAUAAAUGUUCUUUUUUUUUUAAGUUAAUAGCACCUUGACUACAUAAUCUUAUGUUUUUUGUACUUUUCUGAUAUAACAUGAUGUAAGAUGGUUCCAUUAGGAAGAGCUAAACUGCACACAGAAUAUAUGGGUGUUUUGACUCCCAUCUCUUCUAUGGGCUAUACUGUACGCCCAACUCCCCUUCAUUCUGAGCUUCAGCCAGCUCCUGUGUUUCCUGGCUUUCAUUCCUGGACAGACUGAUUAAUCCAGGUGUGUCUGACCUCAGUAACCAUGACGGCAUAAUCCAGACACACCUGGAUUAAUCACUCCGUCUAGUAAUGAAAGACGGGUAAACAAAGGAGAUGCUGAAUAUAGAGGAAAAUUGCCUACAAGGAGUCUGAGGUUUGAAAAAAUGCUAAAGUAAGAUUUUACUCUUAAGCCCUUUGAAUAUCCUAUAGCAGUGAAUUGUCACAGUUUGGUUAAAACCUUAUGCUCUGCAUAUUCAUGAAGGCCCACAUGCAAAAAGGUUGCACACAGUCUUCCCCGAAGUUUUCACACACAAAUCAAUUUGUUCUUGUUAUGAAGCUCAGCUUUGGGAACACUGUCAGUUUUGUACUCUGAAAUCUUUAAAAUAUUAGGCCUCUACUAAUAGAUAAUCUCUUAUGUUAAUUCCAUAACAGCAUCUUUUAGCCAGAUGUGUCUGAGUUAUUUUAUUUUGAUUUAUGGUAAAAAAAAAAAAAAAAAAAUCGCAAUCAAAUCUAUUUUAGGUUACUUAAUAACCUAGGAUAUUCAUUUAUAAAGACAUAAUUUCAGAAAACCUGUAUUCUUUGCCCCUUUAUCCACCCCAAGGGCUUUUCAGAUGUUAAGAGUAAAAUUAGACCAUCACUGUUCAUAGAAAAAAUUGUUCAACAUGCUGAUCAUUUGAUACCAUAAGCUGCAAACAUUGUGAGUGUUAUAUUUUCUUUGUUUCUAAAGGCGGGGGUUGCCAACAUGUUUUACAAGCAUCUUUUAUGGCUCGUUUUUAGUUGCACUUUAAGUUCAAGUGAACUCCCACAGAAGAGGGAUGUAUGUUUUUGUUUUUUUUAGUAUUUAAUUUGCUAUUUGUUUUCAUGAAACAGAAUGGUCAGAAAAAUUUAUUAAUUAUAUAUAAAAAAAAAAAAAUAGGUUUACAUUACCAAAUAUCUUCCCUCUGUUUGGGUUUUCUGUUCUCUGAGCUUAAACUGAAACUGAAGAGCAAGUUAAGCAAGUCUGUUAGAGAAUAUUGCAACUGUUUUGUGGAAACAUUUUUCCACAACAAAUAAUACAAGCGUUCAUGCAGGAAUCUAGACUCUUGGAUUCUCUUUGCACUAAAUGAUUUAUAAAAACAAGAACUUGUGACACGUGGGUAAAAAACUGGAGAAUUAUUUGGCAAAGGAGCAAGUUGAUGCUUAACUUCUUUUUUUAAAGUUAUAAAAUGCAGCUUUCUGUACUGCUAAAGCCUACUCAUUAACAUUUUUCCAAUUAAGUUUGAAGCGUAGCUAAUGAGGUAUCUAAUGUAUUGCAGCUGUUACAGAACAUACAUGAUGCAAAAUGUCAUUUGUAUCUCAGUUUGUGGGGAUUACUGGUUGUAGUUGUUAUGCUAGCAGUAAUGUAUAAUUAUUUGCACUGAUAGUACAGUAAUGUCCAAUGUCUUCUUUAAGUAUUUCCAGUAUUGAAGUUUUUUUUUUUUUUGCGGCGCAGUGCUUUGGGGAGUCUUUUCUGUUGUUGCUCUUUCAUGAAAUGUUUAUAUUAUGUUUUUUUUUUUUUUCUGAUUUACAUUUGUGUUUUCAUCACCAUGGCUUGAAUUUUUGGUAAAGAUAGAAAAGAGAAACCGAGACAAAGUAGCAGUAGUUUGCGUUGUGGAAUUAGUCACUCAUGCAUGUAAAAGAGGUUGGUGUGAUAGUAAAUUUUCAGGCCUGUCAGCAACUGAUUGACAGUGGGUGGAGUCGUUAGUGUUGGAGGCUCUGCUUUGAUCUUUUCAGCUAAAGACUGAUGUGAAAAUUAAAACCCUGUGCCAUUUAUGUAAUGAUAAUGAAUUAUGAACUCAGCCUAAAUACUUGGAAGAAAGUAGCACAGUUAGACAAGUUCUUUUUAUUUUUUUUGGGUCCAACACGUGUUCUUUAUCUUUCUUGCAACCUUACAGCAUUGGCGGCUAAUGAAAGGGCAUAUGAUUUCCCACCAGAAUUAAUGCCUUUUUAUUUAAAGAAAAAAAAAAAUCUGCUUCUGUUAGUGUAAUUGCAAAACAAACAAAAAAUAAAUCUGAGCCUUGAUGUGAGGUGGUUAAGAUUUUUCCCAUCAAUCCAAAGUAAUAGAUGGUGGACAUUUUUAUUCUCUGCUAUAAGAGGGUUCUCUACUUUAGGGUCAAUCACCUUCAGUAUUUUUUAUUUUCUUGGAAUGUAUUUUUAUUGAGAACUGUAUGUUUUGCAUUUUAUUUUAACAGUUUCCAAUCAGUUCAUAUAUGCACUAAUAAACAGCUAUGCAGACGACA